AUGCCAAAUAUUGUAUCGGGGGGUUCUCGUAAGCUCGUCGCAUCACUUAAGCUUCUUUGGAAAGGCUCUGUUCCUCCACCAGUUUGGCAGACUACCAUGACAGCUGCUAUUUCUGCACGAACCGCCUCUGCUCUUACUCCCCAAGCAACUCAACCCCCAGAAAACCUUCGCCGGAUUGAUUUCGCCACGGAGGUUUCUAUCCGUAGCCCGAUUCUCACUCUGGGCACUAACUUCGGCUGGAGAAUGAUAAAAUACCUUUGUUUUGAACUCAAAUCAUUGCGACCUAUGCCCAAUGGCAAUGGCACUGCCAUCGCGGGAAGAAGAUUGGGGGAAGAUUAG